GUCCUCGCUUCUACAAGAAAUACGUUUUACUGAAAGUAAAGAAAUUGCAGCUAAAUGGAGUCGUUCCUCGAGGAUCUAAAACGUCAGGUCCAUUGCUCUUUGUGCAAUGACAGAAUGAUCAAACCUAAGUUGYUAAAAUGCUUCCAUACAUUCUGUAAAUAUUGCAUCAAGACAUAUGCAAACUUUAAAUGUCCUCAGUGUACCUCGUUGACCGAGAUACAAGAACUCAACGACGUGGAAGACUUACAGACCAGCCCCAUACACUCAAGAAUCUUGCAAGUCUUGUCAGUUAUUGAGAACCAGAAGAUUUGCUCGGUUUCUGCCAGCCAUAGUGAUGCAUUGUGGCAAUGUCUCGACUGUGAUCGCUCGUUGUGUGACGAAUGUCGGCGAUAUCAUACUGAAUUCACUAAAGAUCACAAAGUYGUUKCAUUGUCUGAGAUGACAAAGAAAGACAUUGARGCUAUGCUGAAAAAAGAAAGUCCUUGCAAAACACACGCUAGUCAAGAUGUUGAAUUGUACUGUMGAKACUGCGAYGAACUGAUAUGUUUCUUUUGCUCGUUUGAUGACMAACACAAAAAACACAWCGUGACAUCACURCAUGAGUUCAUCGCUGCCAAGAAAGAUUAUCURUCUGAAAACCUUMAAGAAAUCCAGAAAAURGAUACUGACGAGAAAGAAAAGAAACAACAAGAAGAAAUUGCACUCGACAUYAAACGKGAMGGAGAACAAGCUCAAGAACAAGUCAAGAAACUAACAAAAAAACUUGUGAAAAAACUGAUUGAUGACGAGCAAAAACUUUUGAAUGGAAUUCAGAAGAGCAUAACGAAGGCCGACAGAAAUUUACGCAUAAUACAUCACACUCCAKCAGCACAAGAGUACAUCAAAUACUUCAUACAAAAUGGAACAGCAAGUGAAAUCAUUGACCUCCGAUCAGACACAGAAUUUAAGAAAAGAAAAGAAUGGGAAAUGAUGAUAUUUCAAUCAAAUGAAGAACUUUUUGAACUGGACAAUGGUGUAGGACUGAUGCGACCAUUCAAAAUGGCUGACCCACGUAAAAGUUCUGUUGAAGUGAUUGGGCCAAAUAACUUUGAAGCCAUGACGAAGGCAACCUUGUCUGUGAUAAUGCUUCUGCGCCCUUAUGAAGACGACCCUUUUGACACGUCGCUAGAUGACGUAACGAUACACAUCACUCCUGAUGACRACGUAAAAAUAGGAGAGAAACGAGUGACAGCUGACGGUCACAUUCAAGUAACCUUCACUCCACUUUUUCCUGGUCAGUUGACAGCAGAGGUUCAAGUACAUGGAAAUCCUGUAUCCAACAGUCCACUAGUGAUUGAUGUCAAACCACAACAUAUCAAGGAAAUGAUGUCAAAGCUGAAAAACGCCUUGAAUACUGGAUCAAAGGACUUUGCAGGUAUUGCAGUGAAUAGGUCGAACACUAAGAUUGCUGUCACAGACUGGAAGGAAAAUUGUGUCAGAGUGUUCAACAUGGAUGGGGAUUUGUUGCUGUCGUAUUAUGGUGCAGUCAGUGGACGAGUGAAGUUAAAGAAUGCAUGUGGUUUGGCAUUCCUCGACGAAACAGAUUUAGUCAUAAGCUAUUCUAAUGAUGAAAGAAUGGGCAUAUUAAAUACAACCUCUGGGAGGCUGACUCGAACGUUUGGUUUUUAUGUUUAUGACAACCUGGAUUUCCAGUUUGCUUAUCCCAACGGAGUCUAUGUUGAUGAUCAUUCUAACAUCAUUGUCUGUGAUCGCAGUAAUCAUCGCGUCCAAGUGUUCACAAAUAAAGGUGACUGUCUAUAUCGGUUUACAAUACCAGGAGAAGACAAAGCAUAUGAUGUAGUUAAACACAAUGGACUGUUCUACGUCAGUGCUGGAUCAGUGGUACACGUGAUUGAGAUGAAAGACAACCAGUCACMAACUACAGUAAACACUAUUGGUGGGGAGGACUACACAGAUGGUCGGYUACAUGACSCUACUGGUCURGCUAUUGACAUURACAAYAAUCUUCUGGUGUGUGAUUGUGAAUCAAAUCAAGUYUACAAGUUUACAUUGAAUGGUCGUUUUGUGGGAAAGACAARYAAACUAGAUUACAAACCUAACUUUAUAACAGUACUUAAUGAUGGACAAAUUAUUUGUAGCUCAUAUGGCCCUGAUGGUGUACGUUUUCUUAGAUAGCUUUCUUGAAGCUGUAAUCUUAUUAGAUCCAGCUUAAAAUUUCUCAGAAAACAGUGUUUCCUUAACAAAGUGCGCACGGUUUAAGUUGCAUGUCCUUUUAUUGACACACUUUUGAAAUCACAAAAUUUUAAAACUCAGUUAGGCCCACGAGCACAGCGAGAUAAAACAAAAGAAAAUAACUUAUUUUUACCACAUUUUAGGACGUCGAAAAUUUGUGAAAAUAAUUUUUUCAGCUGAUUCAUUGGUUGAGAUUCGACCACGUGUAGCAAAUUAGAAGCAUCUUUUGGCUAUUGUUUUGAGUGCUUAUGAUUGGACAAGAUCUUUUAAUACAGAAGAAACUUUGUUU